AUGUCUGUUGGAAAUGUCGCUGCUACCAAGGCCAAGGAGACGUCCUCGAAAAUGCAUCGCAGGUCGCGAACAGGCUGCUUUACCUGCAGAUUGCGACGGAAAAAGUGCGAUGAGGGCAAGCACUCCUGUAAAGCCUGCCGUCACCUUGGACUCAAAUGCGAAUACAAGCGACCAAUGUGGUGGAGCAAUACCGAGAAGCGAGCACACCAGAAAGAGCUCAUCAAGGAUGUCAUCAAGCGAACGAAGCUGAACGAGAAGGCGGAAGCAUCAGCCACUACACAGGGACUCAACGACACUACUCCUCCAAGUCUCAGUCAUUCCGUACCAACAUCAGAUGGAUUUUCUGACGAGAUGGCGCGGACAAGAGGAGUAUCCUUGGAAUCACAAUUCUCCCUGGGCUGCAACUACAACUCCAUGACCACCCAGGACCUCUUCAGCUCAUCCAUCAUGCCACCUCCGCAAUUUGUGCCUUCGUUUCCCCCUCCACCGCCUUUUGGUAACUUCGCACCGUACGAGGUUGAUAUCAAGACCGAACGACAGACUUUCGUGAACGACAUUCCAACGCGUCGCGACUCCACAAUGUCGACCUUCAGUACUUACCAGAUGCCCGCGCAACCAGGCCAAGAGCUCCCGACCGAGGGUUGGAUUCAGCACGACUACUACGAGAGCAGAAGAGAAUCAUUCGCCGAGGAGCCUGUCAAUUUUGAUUUCUUUGACUUCCCACACCACACCUUCUCGCCGACUCAUCAGACGAUGAUUCAAGUCGAGGAGUGCGAUCAGCAUCUGCUCAACCACUUCAUUGACAACGUCUUGAGACUCAUCUUUCCUAUCCUGGAUGCAAACCAACACGGGUCUGCUCGCUCGGACGUCAUCCUUCCUGCUCUUGAAUCCAACAAGGCCUACCUGCAUUGCUGCCUCAGCAUAUCUGCACUUCACCUGAAAGCUACUGAGGGCAUUCAAGGAGAACAGAUCGAUGCAGACAUCAUGCGUCAUCGUCAUGCCACAAUCCUGAAGCUGUGUGAGGCGUUGAGCACAAACGAUGAUUAUGCACAGAUCCUUGAAGCGACUCUUGGCAUGAUCUUCUUCCACUGCUCAGUUGGCCGGCCUGACGAUGGCUUGCUGGACAUCUCAUGGCAAGACCACUUCCGUGCUGCAACCGACCUGAUCAACAAACUGGAGCUUCCCCACGUUGUUGGAAGCGGUUCUGCGCAACCACCGUUCAACAUGGUCCUCGCCUCGUGGAUUGACAUACUCGGUGCAACCAUGUUGGGUCGUGCGCCAGUCUUCGCUGACACUUAUCGGGAAAAGAACCUCUCCAACGCGGCAAUGGGACUUGCCGAGCUCAUGGGCUGCGACGACCGGAUCAUGUUCCUGAUCUCCGAAAUUGCGUGCCUCGACGCUCUCAAGUUGGACGGCAUGGACGAAGUCAUGCUCUGCACCCACAUCAAGAUGCUCGGUGAUCACAUCAGUGCGACGGAACCAGGGCCGGAUGAUCUUGCGUCGCCUUUCUCUGUCACCGGCGCCAUUCGGCCGCGACAGCUCUGUAAGAAUAUGACCGCCGUCUUCCGAGCGGCCGCACGCAUCUACCUGUGCAGUUUGGUUCCUCAUUUCGACCGACGGGAUCCCAAUGUCAUGAACCUCGUUGAUACCCUCGUGGAUGCCAUGAGCUUCAUUCCUCCCGGCCCUGAGGGGUUUGACCGAUCCUUAGUCUGGCCAUUGCUCAUCGCAGGCUCCGUAUCGCUGCAACACUCAAGUUUCCGGCUCAUGUUUACCGAGCGGUCAGCCCAAAUGGGUGAUGCAUCACAGUUUGGUUCCUUUGGACGAAUGGCGGAACUGCUCAAGGAUGUUUGGACACACAACGACGACGCAGAACAGCAAGGAGAGAGACAGAGCGUCCACUGGCGGGACGUUAUGAUACAGAGGGGCUGGGACUUUCUGCUAAUCUGA